AUGGUGCCGACACCACUGUCGUCUGAACCGAUUCCAAAAGGAAUGGCAAGAAUAUUGGGCGCCGAGCGUGUACGCGCCGACUAUCGCGCACAGCAAAAAAAGAAGCGGGAGGAAGAGGAUAGGGAUCGUAAGGGUAGGGAUACCAUCGAGCUGUUGCCUGGCGAGAGUCUCAGGGAAUUUAAUCGACGUGUGGAAGAUGCACAUCGGCCGCUGGUGCGAGGCGCGCUGAAACGGAAGAACGAGGAAAAGCGCAGAGAGAAGAAGGAGACGAAGAAGAGGAAGCGGGAUGAAAGCGAUGACGAGGGUGAGGAUGCGAAAGGGGUAGAGCAGCGGCCGGUGCGAGAGUUUGCGACGGUGUCGUCGAGUGCGCCCAGGCGGCUGAAUGAAGUUGCUCAAGCGCCGCCAGUGUUGACCAAGGGUCCAAAGAGGAGCGGUGUGGGGAAAGACGGGGGCAAGGCACCGGCGGUGUCGAUGGCGCGCAAGGUGAUACUGGAACGUGAACGAGCGCGAGUAGUGGAGCUGUAUCGAGCACUGAAGGUGUCGAGAGAGACUGGAGACUCGGACAAGAGAGCACGCAUAGAUUGUGCAGGACUGUAA